AUGAGCUCAUCGCACUUUGCAAGCAAGGGCGCAAGGGUCUCUGUCCCCGCAGAUCGUCUCCACCGUUUCGCCGUCUGGGCCUGCAGGCGCGACGGCGAGCAGGGCCGUCAGUACAGCAGGAUGCUACGCACGACAAGGCCCAUCGUGUUGCUGCGAAGGACACAUGGACAAGUGAGACAUGCAGCACGGCUCGUUCCGAUCAAUGCGCACGAGUCUGCGCCCGUCGAGACCAAUGAGUCAAAGGCAGUAUCCGGUGGACCCUUGCCAGGUCAAGUAGCGAUGCCACAACCACCGCACAAUCUGCCUAUGGGUCAGGCGCCCAAUCGCAUCGGUGUAUGGUCUAAAACCCAAAAUCCAAAAGCGAAUGCGAUGAGAGGACCGAGAUUCGAGCAGACAUCGAUGGACUUCCAGCCUCAGCCCGUAGCAGCAAUCGAACUGAUCGCUAAGGAGCCCAUUCGAUUGGUCAACACGAGGAUAGCAUCUUGCGAUGGCGGACGAGGCGCGCUCGGGCACCCUCAGGUGUACAUCAAUCUCGACAAACCUGGCUCGAAAGCAUGCCCAUACUGCGGCAUCCGCUUCGAAAGGGAACAUGGUAUCCAUGGCCAUCACUGA